AUGACUCCUCCGCUCCGGUUUUGACGUCCUCCAGCCAGGUAUACCAUAGACAGCGGCUACGAUGUCUCGACAACUUUUACAUCGCGGUCUCGCCGAAACAGGCCUCCUAGCCCUCAGCAGAUGCCACCCCGACAUCAAGCUUCUAUGCCUCCAGCGCUUCGUGCGCAUGUUCGCCUACGGCGCAACGACCCUGCAGCUGGUAGCCUACUUUGAGCUCCUCGGGCUCACGGCGACGCGAAUUGGCCUGUUCAUGGUAUUCACUCUCGUCGGAGACGUCUGCAUCAGUCUGGUCCUCACUUCCAUCGCCGACGGCGUCGGGCGGAAGGCGGUGCUGGCUGCGGGCGCGGCUUUGAUGGCUGUUAGUGGUGUUGUUUUCGCGACGUGUAGUGGGUUUUGGGUGUUGUUGGCUGCUGCUGUGGUAGGGGUUAUUAGUCCAAGCGGCGCCGAGAUUGGGCCUUUCCGCGCCGUGGAGGAGAGUAUCGUCGCGCAUUUAACCACUGCAGAGGAUAGAAGCGACGUCUAUGCUUGGUACAGCCUCAUGGGUGCCGCUGGGACUGCAUUCGGUGCAAUGACGAGCGGCUGGACGGCGCACUACUUGACGGUCAAUGCAGGCUGGGAGCUCGAGGCCGCGUAUCGCGUAGUCUUUUACGGGUAUGCGGCGCUGGGUGUGUUCAAGUUCUUCCUCGCACUGCUCCUGGGCCGUGAUAUCGAGGCUGAGUGGGACGAAGCUGGCGUCUCUGAGGAGGAGACCGCCCCCAUUUUGGGCGAGCGGUCGGCCGAGAGGGAGGUAGAAGCCAAGACUUGGCGAUCAAAGAUUGUUCCCAGAAUUGAGAGGGAGAGUAUGCCUGUGGUCAUCACGCUAUGUUUCUUCUUUGCGCUUGAUUCUUUUGCUUCGAGCUUGACCACCCAGUCCUGGAUCGCCUUCUUCUUCCGCUGGAAGUUCAACGUGGACGAUGGAACUCUAGGUUCUCUGUUCUUCACCACAAGCCUCUUGGCCGCGGCUACAACCCUAGUCGCGUCCUCGAUAGCCAAGCGAAUCGGCAAUCUAAACGCAAUGGUCUUCACCCACCUCCCCUCAACAAUCUUCACAGCACUCAUCCCUCUCCCGCGAGACGCCGACACCGCCAUCAUCUUUCUGAUCCUCCGCGCCCUAACGCAUUCCAUGGACGUCGCGCCGAGGGCGGCUUUCCUAGCGGAUGUGAUCUUGCCCAAAGAACGGACUACUGUGCUAGGCUUGAUCAACGUUUUGAAGACGUGCGUUUCGAGUGUUGGUCCUGUGGGCGUCGGAAUCUUGGUGGAUAGGAAUCUGUUCUGGGUUGCUUUUGUGGGUGCCGGAUGUCUCAAGGUUGUUUACGAUCUUGGGAUGUUGGUUUCUUUCCGUAAGCAUGAACGGGAGCAGCAUGAUGGAGAGGCCGGGGGUGCUUAGACGUAGGUAGUAUAUUGCAGCUAUCUCGUGAGGUAGCCCAUACGAACCUAUACUGCACUGGCGAUAAAGGCGUUAUUUCGGGAAGUAAGAUUUAGCAAGGAAUCUAAAAGUGCAAAGGUUGACGAAGAUCGUAGUAACCAGUCAUGUGUAUUCAAG